UCACCCCACUUUGGCAGCUGGCAAGUGAGGAGUUGUUGCCCGGCCAGUUUUUCCCUGCUCCCUAAUUUCAGAUGGAGCAAACCCCGSCAGCUCCUCGGCUCUGCUCCCCAGCUGAGCGCCCCGGAUGCCUGGAGCAGGGUGGUUUUAUGUUUUUAGGGUAGUUUGGAGCCUGAACACGGUUUUGUUCCUUUGGCAGAUGAGUUUUGGAUGUUGGCAGAGGUGCCCAGGUUUGAUUUUCGCCGCCGAGAUCCGACYGUGCCGGGAUGGAGGUGUCGUGAGCAGGGCAACGUUGGGGAAUCACCAGGACACAAAUCCUGGGAAUUAUCCAGGAACAUGAUUAAAGAGAACAACGAAAUCCUUCCACUAAUGGGCAAGAAAACAAAUCCAGCUGGAAAUCCCCCCUCAAACCAGCAAGAGAAAAAGGUGACUGAAGGCACUCCCACAAAGAAAAGUUCCCACUUUUUUCUGGAGAUUGAUGGUUUUGAGAGCAAUGCCACCCCCAAUAACACCUCUCCCCCCGUGUUCUCCAAACCGAUGGAUUCAAACAUUCGCCCCUGUGCAUCUGGAAAUGGGGAGGACAUGGAUUCCCCACAGUCUCUUCAGGAUGAUGCCACUGAAUACAGCCCUAACAUCGACAGCUGUGGUGCYAACACAUCCCAAGGCCCUGAGCUGACAAGGGCCAGGAAGAAGCUGAAGAGGAACCUGUUCCGAGCGGUGUCCGAGGGGAACGUGGAGGAGCUGCAGCGGCUGCUGAUGGAGCUGAAGGAGAGAUCGAGCUCCUGCACCAACCUGCCCGUGCCAGAUUAUCUGAUGAAAAAGUUCACGGCUUCAGACACCGGCAAAACCUGUCUGAUGAAAGCUCUGCUGAACAUCAACGAGAACACAAAUGAGAUUGUGAACAUGCUCCUGUCCUUUGCAGAGGAAAAUGGAAUUUUGGAGAGAUUUAUCAAUGCAGCCUACACAGAAGAGGCUUAUAAAGGCCAGACAGCUCUAAAUAUUGCCAUUGAGAGGAGACAGUAUGAAAUCACCCAGAGCCUCAUUGAAAAAGGAGCUGAUGUCAAUGCCCAUGCCCAGGGGAUUUUCUUUAAUCCCAAACACAAGCAYGAAGGCUUUUACUUUGGUGAAACUGCCCUGGCUUUAGCUGCAUGUACCAACCAACCAGACAUAAUYGAGCUGUUAAUGGACAAUGCCAGGACAAACAUUUCCUCUCAAGAUUCCAGAGGCAACAACAUCCUCCAUGCUUUAGUCACCGUGGCAGAGGACUCCAAAACCCAGAAUGAUUUUGUGAUCAGAAUGUAUGAUAUGAUUCUGCUGAAAAGCAARGACAGGAAUCUGGAAACAACAAAGAACAAGGAGGGUUUGACACCACUGCAGUUAGCUGCAAAAACUGGGAAAUUAGAGAUUCUGAAGUACAUCCUGAGCAGAGAGAUCAGAGAGAAGCCAAACAGGAGCCUGUCAAGAAAAUUCACAGACUGGGCUUAUGGACCUGUUCAGUCUUCUCUGUAUGACCUGACAGAGCUGGAUACCACUGCUGACAACUCAGUGCUGGAAAUCAUUGUCUCCAAUACCAAUAUUGGUAAUCGUCACGAAAUGCUGACCUUGGAGCCUCUGAAUUCACUCCUGAGGAUGAAAUGGAAGAAGUUUGCACGGCACAUGUUUUUCAUGUCGUGCUGUUUUUAUUUCCUCUACAAUGUAACAUUAACAUUGGUUUCCUACCACAGGCCUAAUGAAAAUGAAGCUCCUCCUUACCCACUCGCCCUGACCCGUGGGGUGGGGUGGCUGCAGUUGUCAGGACAGGUGAUGGUUAUGUUAGGAGCAAUAUUUUUAGCCAUAAAAGAGAGUGUGGCCAUUUUCCUGCUCAGGCCCUCAGACCUGCAGUCCAUUCUCUCUGAUGCCUGGUUCCACUUUGCAUUUUUUAUACAAGCUUUGCUUGUGAUCUUCUCUGUCUUUUUGUACUUGUUUUCCUACAAAGAACACCUGGUGUGUCUUGUUUUGGCAAUGGCCCUUGGCUGGGCCAAUAUGCUCUAUUUCACCAGAGGUUUCCAGUCCAUGGGCAUUUACAGUGUGAUGAUUCAAAAGGUCAUCCUGCAAGAUGUGAUCAAGUUUUUAGUUGUCUAUAUCGUCUUUYUGCUGGGAUUUGGCGUAGCUCUCGCUGCUCUGAUUGAGACGUGCCAGGAGGGUGGAGAAUGCCAUUCCAACAGCAGCCUGGGACCUGUGCUGAUGGAUCUUUUUAAGCUCACCCUAGGACUGGGUGACCUGGAGAUCCAGCAGAACUCCAAGUACCCUGUGCUGUUUCUCCUGCUCCUCAUCACUUUCGUUGUGCUGACUUUUGUUCUUCUCCUGAACAUGCUGAUUGCRUUAAUGGGAGAAACGGUGGAAGAUAUUUCUAAGGAGAGCGAGCACAUCUGGAAACUCCAGAGAGCCAGAACUAUCUUGGAAUUUGAAAAAUUCUUGCCAAAGUGUCUGAGGAAAAAAUUCCAGCUGGGAGAACGGUGUAAAGUGGCUGAAAAUGACACAAGGGUGUGUUUAAGGAUUAAUGAAGUGAAAUGGACCGAGUGGAAAACMCAUGUUUCAUUUAUUAAUGAAGAUCCAGGGCCAACAGAUCCAAGCAAAAUUCAAGAUAAUUCAAGAACUAAUAGCAAAAACACCCUGAAUACGUUUGAAGAAAUGGAUGAUUUGCCUGAAACUUCUGUUUAGUUGUGCUGUGCUUGCCACGUGGCUGUUCUGAAGGUGAAAAGCAUCAGCAGUGGAUGCUGAAAGCUUUGUGGUUGUUUUGGACAGCUGUAACCAGCUGGAACACAAACUUUCAGUGACAUGGGCUGAUGGCUUCAACCCAUUUAAUCAGAGCARCUGAGCUGCAAUAAAUGGGAUUAUUCCACUGGUUCAGUUCUGAGCCUCUYAAACUGUUGCUGUCCAAGUUUGCCUGAUGCUCCUCAAACUUGGCUCGAGAUGUUUAAGUGGAUAAAGAAAGGUCAAAUGUGAGAUAUUUCUUCCUUUUGUGGAAAAUUAAGGUCAUCGUGAGCCCAAUCUGCUGGUUUUUGGAAUCUCUAACUCAUGAGAAACUCAUUUUGUACACUAAAAAAAAAUCCUAAGUUCUUGUCAUGGAGAAAAGCAAAGCAUUUCAGUUCUGAAGACGACUAAAUGAAGUAUGGUAUUUUGAAAUAACAAUGUUCUGGGUGCAUUUGCAGCUUUUGCAUUGACUGUCAGUGUUAUUGGAGGCUUGGUCCCACAAAUUGGAAAAAGCUUCUUCAGGUCCCAGUAGUUUUGCCUGAUCCCUUUUCCUCUGUGCAUCCCCCAGGGUGUAAUGUGGAGUUUGUUUAUUUAUUACUGUGUGUCCAUGCCUCCCCAGAAAACAACAGGGCAGAAAUAUAAUUCCUGAUGGAGGAUAUUUCUGAGUUUUCUCCAGUCACAACAUCCUUUUACUUUUCUUCCUUGGCUUUUCCAUGCUGUUGCAUCUUGCCACAUAAAAGGUUACCACACUGGAAGUUCUUCUGAAUUAAUUUUUGCAUCCAGCCACUUCAGGAAAACAAGAUGUCAGUAUUUCUUCCCAAGAUAAACRAACUAAGUUCAAUGCAAUGCAAUYCCAGACUUUAUUUUUUAUUCAGAGGACUCUGUUAUGCAUUUCUGUAGCUCUUAUUUCACAACCUGUGAUGACCUGGUACUAUGAAUGAUAUUUUUAGUUUUCUAUUUGAUGUGUAUAUAUAAACAUUUGUUCUGUGUGCUUUUAAAUUUCAAUUAACACRUCAUGUGUCUCCAGUGUCAUGGCUUUUCAUCAGAUCAGUUCACGUGGUGCCUGUUUUAAAGGUGCUAAUUUUAGGUAAGACUCAGGGGAAUUCARUUCUGCGUUUGAAUGAUAAUAAGAAUUGCAUUGGAUUUUGCAGCUGUGGGCAAAAUGGUCCAAAAGACUUUCUUAAGACAGAAGAGARCGUGAGGGAACACUCCAGUGGGA